UAGGUAGGGCUGAAGGAAUGGGGAAACGGGAGAGUUUCGCGUCGGGAGCGUGGAGGGAAGGACGGCAGCGGAUCUGCCCCGUCCGGGCUCCGGCUUAGUCGCCGGCGUGCCCCGCAGGCUCGUGGGCAGCCGCUGCCUCUUCUGCAGCCCUGUAAUCGGGAGCUCGGGACUUCUCCGGUCGCUUUUCCCCGCUUGGAGGCAAGUAGCGAAACCUCCAGUUCCGCCGUCGCCGCCCAGCCCCAGUCCCAGCCGAGGAGCUCUACACCCCGGCACCGCUGCCGGCCCUCCAGGAUGUCUCACAUAAAUGAAAUGUGGUGUUGUCACUGGAAAUGGAAGCUGCAGCACUGUCUCUACUUGUUUAUCCUGUAUAUUAUAUGCAUGCAGCAAGCAGCUCAAGGAUGCUACAACUGUAGGACUGUGCUUACUGACCCCUCUGGAGUUUUCACUUCUCCAUGCUACCCAAGUGAUUAUCCCAACAGCCAAUCUUGUAAAUGGGUCAUCCGAGCACCUCAUGGAUUCAUUAUACAGCUAACAUUCAGUGAUUUUGACAUUGAAGAAGCUCCGGGCUGCAUUUAUGACUCACUGACACUGGACAAUGGAGAGAGCCCAAUGAACCUUUGUGGCAUCACUGCCAAGGGAUUAUCAUAUAAUUCUACUGGAAAUGAAAUGAUUGUGUCUUUCAAAAGUGACUUCAGUAUCCAAAAGAAAGGUUUUAAUGCCAGCUAUAUGCGAAUUGCUGUGUCUCUGAGGAAUCAGAAGGUCAUCAUUCCCCAGGAUCCUGAUGCCGAUGUUGUAUCCGUGGCAGAAACAGUCUUGGUUCCAGAGCUCAGCCAGUUCACACUAUGCUUUGAAGCAACCAAGAGCAACAGUGAUGACAAUGAUGACUGGAAGAUUUUCUCCUACACUGAUGCAUCAUCAAAAGAGUUUUUCGGGUUUGGGAAGACCACAAAAGGCCAUUUUCUAUCCAUUUCAGACACACAGUGCAUACUUGACCAUGCAUUGCCUCGAAAUGUGGAGUUUUUCACAGGAACAUUUGAGCAGCUUUGUGUCAUAGGGGAUACUUUCUCAGGCACUAUAGGUGUAUACGCCAAAAGCAUCUAUCAUAAUACCUACUGUCCAGAUAUGUUUGGCAAAGUUAUCCCUGGAAAUGGGAGGCUUGUGCUGGGCUCUAACAGCAAUGAAGUGAGCUCUCUAAAUGGGGACAUUUACAACUUCCGCCUUUGGAAUUUCACCAUGAAUGCUCAAACACUGGCCAACCUCAGCUGCGAUGUGAAAGGAAACAUUGUAGACUGGGAAAAUGAAUUCUGGAGUAUUCCAACUUCAGCACUGAAAGCAGAAAACAAUUUGAGUUGUGGCUCAUACCUAAUUCCUUCUUCUACAAUUGAACCAACAAGUUGUGCAAACCUAGGAAGCCUUUGUCAAGCUACUGUAAAUGCUACUACUCCUACACCACCCACUGUCACCACUAACAUGCCUGAUACUAAUAGAACCGAUAAGCCAAACAAUGGUGGGCUAUUCUACAGGAUAUCUAUAACUGUCUUUAGUUACAACUCCAACUCAGAAUCAAAAGUACAUGAUGUGGUUGCAGAAUGGCUAAACCAUACUUUCCAGAACUGGAAUUACACUGUAUAUGUGGUCAAUAUCAGCAUCCAACCUGGUACCAUAAAGGAGGCAGUAAGAGAAAAAAGAAGCAUCGACAGUAAACGUUUUGAGGUUUUAGCCCUUCUGGUUUAUAAUGCUACCAACAACAUCAAUUUAGAAGAGCAAGACAUCCGACAAAAGCUCAUAAAUAAUAAUGAGUCCAUAGCAGAGGGAUAUAGGCUUCAUACAGUGGAAGUUGAUCCAGUGGAAAAAUGUUUAGCUGAAGAAAACCCUCCAAACUAUUUUUGGCCAGAUACCAGACCAACAGUUACCAACUUUACAUUUUGCCAUGGGAGUUCAGUUCAGAUUGCAUCAAGAACCUGCUAUUUGGGUCUGCAGAAUUAUACAUCAUACUGGGGACAGCCAGAUCUUAGAAAUUGUACAGAAAAUGCAGCUGAUAUUGCCAAUCAACUUCUGAAUCUCACUGGAGAAGGGCAGCAGCUUACCUCAGACAAAGUAAAUGAUGUCGUCCAGAAACUCAAAAAAAUUGUGAAUGAUGAAGAAAUUGAUGAAUCUCUGGGUUCUACCGUGGUGACAAUUUUUUCCAAUAUUCUAAACAGUUCAGACAGUGUUCUGGCAGCAUCAUCUUCAGAAGCUCUUAAAACUAUUGAUGCCUUGGCUUUAAAGAUCCAAUUCACGGGACCAUCCAUGAGUAUUUCAACACGCAAUCUUGCACUUGGAGUGUCUUCUGUAAACUCAACUUCAUUCAAAGGCUCUUCUUUCAGUGUCAGUCCACAAAAUAAUGCAUCUGAUUUCCAGAUAGACUUUGACAAGGAUCAGACAAAUGCCAUUGCUUCUGUGAUUCUGCCACCAAGUUUACUGAAGAAUUUAAGUCAAGAUGACUUCGAAGUUAUAUCAAGGGCUCAAUUUACUUUCUUCAAUAAAAAUGGUCUUUUUCAGGAUGCAGAAACUCCUGGCAACUUGACCAGUUUUGUGGUGGCAUGCAGUAUUGGAAACAUAACUAUUCGAGAUCUUCAGGAAUAUGUGAAGAUUACAAUUAAACAUACCAAAAUUCAAGAAGACCCUAAGCCUACUUGUGUCUUCUGGGAUAUGGCCAAAAAUGGUGGUAAUGGUGGCUGGAACCCUACGGGAUGCAAAGUGCAAGCAGACUCCAAUGAAAAUGAAACAGUUUGCUUGUGCAACCACCUCACGCACUUUGGGGUACUCAUGGACCUUCAGGGAACCGCUACAGAAAUAGACCCACAGAAUACCAAGAUCCUCACUUUCAUCACUUACAUAGGCUGUGGGAUAUCUGCUAUAUUUUCAGCUGCAACUCUUCUGACAUACAUUGCAUUUGAGAAACUAAGAAGAGAUUAUCCUUCCAAAAUCCUGAUGAAUUUGAGCACAGCUCUGCUCUUUCUGAACUUGAUCUUCUUGCUUGAUGGUUGGAUUGCAUCGUUUGACAUAGAUGGCCUCUGCAUAGCUGUUGCUGCACUUUUGCACUAUUUUCUACUGGCUACCUUUACAUGGAUGGGACUAGAAGCUGUUCAUAUGUACAUCGCUCUAGUGAAAGUGUUUAACACCUACAUAAGGAGAUACAUACUGAAGUUUUGCAUCAUUGGUUGGGGUUUGCCAGCUCUAGUGAUAGCAGUUGUUUUAGCGAGCACAAAUAAAAAUGCAAGUCGUGUUUAUGGCAAGGAAUUGUAUGGCAGAGAUGCUAACGGGCAAGGAGGAGACGACUUCUGCUGGAUCAAGAAUAAAGUUGUCUUUUAUGUGACUUGUGCUGGAUACUUUGGAAUCAUGUUUCUCUUGAAUGUUGCCAUGUUUGUGGUGGUGAUGGUGCAGAUCUGCGGGAGGAAUGGGAAAAGAACUAAUCGAACACUAAAGGAAGAGAUCCUGAGGAACCUCCGUAGUGUGGUCAGCCUGACCUUCCUCUUGGGCAUGACAUGGGGCUUUGCCUUUUUUGCCUGGGGUCCCUUAACUCUGCCCUUCUUAUACCUCUUUUCCAUUUUCAAUUCAUUGCAAGGUUUAUUUAUAUUUGUAUUCCACUGUGCAAUGAAAGAAAAUGUGCAGAAACAAUGGAGGAGACAUCUAUGUUGUGGCAGAUUCCGACUGGCAGACAAUUCAGAUUGGAGCAAGACAGCCACAAAUAUCAUAAAGAAGAGUUCUGAUAAUCUUGGGAAAUCCCUAUCGUCUAGUUCCAUUGGCUCCAAUUCAACAUACUUAACAUCCAAAUCCAAAUCUACAACAAAUACAUAUUGCAAACGAAGUAGCCAUACAGAGAAUAUUUUUGUUGACAAGCCAUCUUCAAAAUUUGCCCAAGAGGAUGGGGAGCAGACGUCAAUCAUCCCUGUCCACCAGGUUAUUGACAAGGUCAAGGGAUACUGCAAUCCUCACUCUGACAACUUUUAUAAAAAUAUCAUCAUGUCUGACACAUUCAGUCACAGCACAAAGUUUUAACUGGACUUCUGAAUUCUUUGAACUAAAUGAAGCCAAAAUAUCUGCCCGGAAUGGAGAAUACUGGAUAUCAUACAGUGUGAUCUGCUCAGUUAUUUUUCCCAGUUUAUAAUGUUAUCUUAUAAACAGAUUCCGCUUGCAGACCAGUUUCUUUACCUUUUUCUUAUUGUAGGAAAAAGGACCAUUUUCUGCCAUGACAUUGAGCUGCUUUGUAGUGUGCUCCCUCCAACAUGGUACCAGGACAGCUAAUCAGAAUCCUGUGUAAAUAUUUUAAGACAGAAGAGCCAUAAGCCUAACUCCAAAUUAUACAGUGUGAACAGAAGCAUAUCCCAACUCCUGGAGAAAAUAGCAAGCAUGUCAUGCAGUAGAGACAAGCUCUUAUCUAACAGUUUUUCCCUACAGCAUUUGUUAGGUUCUCCUUUUUGUCUGUUCAGUGCUGCCUGCUCUAUUUUUUUUAUUGUUAUUAUUUUUAUUUUAUUUUGUAAGUGGAUAAAAUGCUAAGACCAGUAAAAGAAAUUUUUUAAGACAUUUUUUUGACAAAAUAGACCUAAUCAUGCAAAUCUUGCUUACCAAACUCUACAUUCUGUAAAUUCAGGCUAACAAAUACAUACAAGCACUCUUACUAUACAGAUCUGCUAGCUGAGGAAUACCUUCAGGCUGCUAGUAAAUCUUUUGCAAAUUUUAAGCCUAUAUAUAUGUAUGGCAACAUACAUUUGCAUUGGUGCAGAACAAGGUGAAUCCACAGUUUAUGCAAACUCUUGUUUCUAUUUUUAUUGAUCAGCAUGGAGGAAAAGCAGCAUCUCCCAUUGCAACUUCUAUUCUGCAAUGUCUGUACCAGUGUGUACAGUCUUAUAUUUUGCUGAACAAAACAGAAACCAUCUAUAUAUAAAUGCAUAAAUACAUAUUUAGAUUUCUCUCCACACAUACUUUCAUAAUAUGCACACAGUCAAUAUUACUGAGGAAACAAUGUGUGCUACAGACAAUCUAAGAAAGGCAAACAGUGGUAAACUUGAAUACAAGUUGAAUACUUUGUGAUCCCACAGGUUCAUUUGUCAGUCUACUUCAGACAUGCUGUAUGUAUAGGCAUCUCCAUCAGAUGGCAUUGCAAUGUUAGCAUAACCUGAGUUACGUUUACCAGUAAUAAACAAAUGACAUCAUUCUGGGCACAUGACACUAUCAGCAUCAGUAUCCCUCUCCUGCCCUCCUAUUGGCUGACUGGCUUGAGGUUGUUGGAGGCACAAAAUUUAAAGAGUGUUGAGGCAACGGGAAGGAAUUUUGGCAUUGCUGUACUGUGUAAAUCAUUACACUGAUCUCUCUGUGUGUGCAGACAGCAGACAAGAGCAUAAAAUGCUCACUUGUUUUAAAGUCUAUAAAUUUGUGACAUGUUAGCUUGUGACCAUGUCUGCCAAAAGUACAUGAAGCAUGUUCACCCUUUGCCAGGUGUUGUAAAAGCUGUUAUUGCACAUGUCACAGAAAGAAUGGGCCAGAACAUCAAAGGUGUUCUCAAUUACUGUUUCAGAGGAGAAUGUUUCCUAAUGGAAUUUUUUGUUGUUGUUGUUGUUUUUAAAUAAAAAGACUUCUUUUUACCAAAGUAUUUUUAGGCAAAUACCUUAUUAGCUGCAUUGGGAAGAUAACCAGAAAGUCAUUCCGUGAGAUGUUCAGUUGCUAAGCAGGUGAAUACUCAGUGAUUAGGGAUGUGGAUUUGUGCCUCUCUGCUCUUCGCACACAUCUUUGUGUGCAAAGAUCCUUUAAUGCUGUGACCGCACAAAUGGAGUAUUUUCCCUGGCUGCAAACACCUUGCAAGAGGAGUAUGUCCUAACUGUAUUCUGUCCAGAAACACUGCUGUUGCUACACACACCUUAACAAAACCUCAGUCUGUCUCCUAACUGCAAACACCUAUGUGGUGAUAUGAAUGAAAGUCAACCAUAUACAUUUAACAUGUAAUUAUUAGUACGGAUGAAUGCUGUCAGGUAUAUUUGAAAGAGGAAAUAAUGUAGGGAGAGGUUAUGUACAAGCAUUUACUGAAUUUAUAUAUCGUCCCACUUGCUUAACUACUGUAGGUAAUAGAGUUCAAAUAGCAGCUUACUGUGAGAUUUCUACCUGAUUAAGGCAUUCAGAAGUGAAAAGAAGGAAAAUAAAACAUUCCUGGAAAGAAAAAAAAAAAAUUAAAAAAUAAUGUGGAACAAUAAAACAUAAUAGAUUAGUAAAAUAUAAUAAAAAACCAAUAUUCUGACUGAACUGUAAUCUAACUAUCAGUUUAAUGUACAGCUACAUAUAUUUUUUUUCUGAAAUAAGAUUUUCUCUUUUCUUUUACUACCAUGUAGUAAUCUUAAACUAUCUGUGUGCGUUAGAUGCUCUGGAAUGCUCUCAGUUCAAUGUAAAGCUUCUACUUUGUAGUUGACAUGCUGUAACCUCCUUUGUACAUAUUUAUUUAUUUGUGAGGUUAAAAAUGUCAAAUAUACUUAGCUCUGUCAUGUCUGUUAUUGUUUAGCUUCUGCUUCACCAUAGAAAAAGAGGGAAAUAAUAAUAAUUUCUCAUUUUUUUUUCCAAACACUUUUUGUGAAAAAAUUUACUGUAGUUGUGGAUGAGGAAACAUGUCAACAUAAUUUGCAAUGCUAGUCAGUGGAAUGUAGUUUAACAGUCUCAAAGAUGGACUAAAGUGGAAAGAAACAUUUUCCGGUAAACAUCCUUGAUGUUAGUGUACCAAAUAAUUAAAGUUUUUUUAGUAGCAAA